CUGCUCCAUGGCGAGACUUGCGCUUACACACUGACUCUGAGCGUCCAUUGGACCGCUCAGUCCAUUGGGACUAACCAAUGAGCAGCCUGGACGAGCGGUCUAUCCAAUGAAAGCUAAGCGGAGGCGGGCCUCAUUGCGUGGUAGCUCGGAGGUACAAGCGCGUUAUCCGAGGAAGGGAUGUGUCUCCUGCUUGGAGCUGCUGGGGUCGGGAAGACCCUGCUGGUGAAACGCCUUCAGAAGCUGAGCUCCGGAGAUGGCAAAGGCGACCUGGGAGAGCCCCCACCGACGCGGCCCACGGUGGGCACCAACCUUACAGACAUUGUGGCCCACAGGAAGAUCACCAUCCGAGAGCUCGGGGGAUGCAUGAGCCCCAUCUGGUCCAGUUACUAUGGAAACUGCCAUUCGCUCUUGUUCAUGAUGGAUGCUUCUAACCCCACCCAGCUCUCUGCAUCCUGCAUGCAGCUCCUGGGUCUCCUUUCUGCAGAAGAACUUGAAAAAGCCUCCGUCCUCAUACUCUUCAAUAAAAUUGACCUACCCUGUUACAUGACCAUGGAGGAAAUGAAGUCAUUGAUGAGGCUUCCAGACAUCAUUGCUUGUGCCAAGCAAAACAUCACCGCAGUAGAAAUAAGUGCCAGGAAUGGCACUGGCUUGGCAACAGUAUUGCUCUGGCUCCAGAAUCAACACAGGCACAGCAGUUGACAGCAAGAUGGAGAAGUAUGGCUGACCCCACCCAGUGCCUAGGAGGCAAAUGCAUGAGAGCCUGAGGUGUUUGAUAGGAGCAGGCCACCCAGUGUAUCUGCAAGUGAUGGGGGCUGUGCUGUGACCAGUAAACAAGCAUACACUUACAAACACCACUGUCAUCUCACUUCUGAACAAUGGUCCCAAGACAGAACAAACUGCAGGUGUCUUCACGUCUCCCACCAAGAAGUUGGACCCACUGAGGGCUUUGGACUGCACGGAGCCCAGGUCAUUUUUAUAGUACAGACUCUGCCUUUCUGAGUUCCUAUAUCCUGACCAUGUUGCCCAGAAAAAAAUAUAAAGUUAAUGAAGAAUUGGGAAGUGGGCCGGGCAUGGUGGCACAUGCCUUUAAUCCCAGUACUCGGGAGGCAGAGGCAGGUGGAUUUCAGAGUUCGAGGCCAGCCUCGUCUACAAAGUGAGUUCCAGGACAGCCAGAGCUACACAGAGAAACCCUGUCUCGAAAACCAAAAAAAAAUUUGGGAAGUUGGGGAGGGGUGAGAUGGCUCAGUGGGUAAGAGCACUGGCUUCUCUUCAGAAGAUCCUGAAUUCAAAUCCCAGCAACCGCAUGGUGGCCCACAGCCCUCUGUAAUGAGAGCUGACUCACUCUUCUGGAGUGUCUAAAGACAGCUACAGUAGUGAGCAGAGGUUGAGUUCAAUUCCCAGCAACCACAUGAUGGCUCACAAUCAUCUAUACAGCUACAGUGUACUCAUAUACAUAAAAUAUAAUUUAAAAAAAAAAAAAAGAAUUGUCUUGGCCUGGAGAGAUGGCGCAGCACUUGAGAGCUGUCUGCUUCUAGAGGUACUGAAUUGUACUCCCAGCAACCAUAUGGUGGCCAUACUGAGAUCUGAUGUGCUCUUCUGGCUUGCAGGUGUACAUGCAGAUACAGCACUCAUAUACGGAAAAUUAAUUUUAAAGAAAAAAUAGAGUUGUGUCUCAAAUGGGAAAAAGUAGGCAGGAUGUGGUGGCACGUGCCUGUAGCUUGAGCUACUCGAGAGACAAAGGCAAAAGGAUCAUCUUAAGCUCAAGAGCUGAGCUUUUCAUAGAGAUGGGGGUGAGCGGGACGGGUGUGGUAGAGCAUUUCUCUAAUCCCAGCACUUAGAAGUCAGGCAGGAGAAUCUCAAGAUCUGGCUGGCACAGUGAGAAACUGUCUCAAAAAAAAAAAAAAAAAAAACCCAAAAAACAAAAAGCCAAAACUCUGGGGGAGGGGGAGUGUGGUUGUGACCUCACCAGAAACAAGAAUGUUCUCAUUGAUGGAUUUAUUCAAUAAACUUUUAUUUCUCAUGU